GGCAGGUAGCCUACAACACAAGCCUUAGCAUUAAAAGAUGACUCAGAGUAACAGGUACCAGAGCCAAUUAUCUAGGAGAAUGUUUGCUCAGCGUGCAGCCGCGCCUCCAGCCGCCAGGCGGGCUGCACCUUUGGGUGCAGGUCAACCCUCUGCUCCUCCGUCUCCAUCACUUCAGCACUGACCAAAGGCGACGAUGCAGCGAGGCCCGAUAUACCUGCGCCACCUUUUACUGUGGUUGCUUUUGGCACAAACCAAUGCGGAGUUGCCCAUGUGCAAAGAGUCAGAUUAUCACUUUGAGUACACAGAGUGUGACGUACUUGGGUCACGAUGGAGAGUGGCGGUUCCCAACAAAGCCGACACAUGCACAGGCCUCCCAGAUCCAGUCAAAGGCACUCAGUGCACCUUCUCCUGUAGUGAGGGGGAGUUCCUCAACAUGCAGUCGCAGCAGUGCCAGAAGUGUGCUGUAGGCACCUACUCUCUGGGCACCGGCGAGGCCUUUGAUGAGUGGGACAGCCUGCCGUCUGGUUUUGUCACCCAUGGGUUGCCCACGAACGGCGGGGAUGCCCACACAGACUGCUCCAACUCAACCUGGACACCAAAGGGUGAUUACGUAGCCUCAAACACAGAUGAGUGCACUGCAACACUGUCCUAUGCUGUGAGCCUGAAGAAACCUGGAACUGUGUCCUUUGAAUAUUUCUACCCUGACAACAGCAUUUACUUUGAGUUCUAUGUUCAGAAUGACCAGUGUCAGUCUACAGACACAGAGAGCCGGUGGAUGAAGAUCUCUGAAAGCAACUUUAGCAAAUACAGGGUUGAGCUUAACAGCGGCAACAAUGUGCUGUAUUGGAGAACCACUGCGUAUACUCUGCAGGGCAGUGCUGUCAAGCCCGUGCUGUUAAGGAACAUUGCCAUCUCAGGGGUGGCCUACACAUCAGAGUGUUUCCAUUGUAAACCCGGCACCUACAGUGCAAAAGCAGGAUCUGCCCGCUGUACCCCCUGCCCUGCUGAAACCUACUCCAACAAGGGCGCCACCGUUUGCCAUCAGUGCGAACAGGACAAAUAUUCAGUGGCUGGUUCAGGGAGCUGCAAACUGAGACCUGCGUGUACAAACAGUGACUACUUCUACACUCACACUCCCUGUGACUCUGAAGGAAAGACUCAGCUCAUGUACAAGUGGAUCGAGCCUAAGAUCUGCAGUGAGAUUGUUGAAGGAGCCGUGAUGCUGCCUGCAUCAGGGGAGAAGCAAACAUGUCCUCCAUGUAACCCGGGUUUCUUUGUCACCAACUCUUCCACCUGUGAACCCUGCGACAAUGGUUUCUACUCAAAUGGAACAGCCUGUACCAAGUGCCCUUCUGGCACGGAACCAGUGAUGGGUCUCGAGUACAAAUGGUGGAACAUGAUGCCGAGCAACAUGAAGAGCUCCAUCUUCCAUCGAGAGUUCGGCGAGUCCGAACACAGCACAGCAUGGGAGGUGGCUGGAGAGUAUGUCUACACCACCCCCGGGGAUCAGGACACAGACUACCUGAUGCUCAUGCUCAAUGUCCCUGGAUACAGGCUGCCUCAGUCCAUGGCCAAAGACAGUGAGAGGAGUGAACUUUCUCGCAUCACCUUCGUCUUUGAGACCACGUGUACAGCUGACUGCAAAUUUUACUUCUUGGCGGGUUAUAACCAGUGGAAUAAUGAUGUGGUGGAGCAGUGGAAAGGCAGCAACAGGAAACAGUCAUACUCCUACCUGAUCCAGAGCAACAGCACUGCCAGCUUCACCUGGACAUUUCAACGAACUGAGGAACUUAACGUGGAGAGGAAAUACAGCGCUGAUGCUGCAAAGAUCUUCUCCAUCCACAUCACCAAUGUGAUCGGAGGUGUGGCCUCCCAAUGUCGCCGCUGUGCCCUGAGUUCCGCUAAGGUUGACUCCGCCUGUGUUCCCUGCCCACCGGGACACUACAUGGUCAGUGAGACAGGAGUGUGUAAGAGCUGCCCGCCGAACACCUUCAUCAGGGCCGAUCAGCCUGUCGGAGAGGCUGCUUGUGUUCAGUGUGGACCAAACACACGGAGAAACAAGGCCCACACAGCUUGUCUCAGUGACUGUGCGUUGGACGUUCAGACGAAAGGAGGCGCGCUGUUACACUAUGACUUUUCUCCUCUGUCCAACGUCACCGGCUUCCACAGCAGCCCCCGCUUCACCAGCAAAGGCCUGAGAUAUUUCAAUCGCUUUAAUUUGGGUCUGUGUGGGAAAGAGGGCAGAGUACCGGCUACCUGUGUGGACAAUGUGACAGAGAGCAGGAGAGAGGUCAAAGGUUACAUCUGUCAGUCCACUGUGGUUCCCUCUGAUAUCAGGAGUCAGAGCAUGGUGUCCACCCAGCCCUUCAUCAUUGGUGACGCACUCAUCGGUGUGACCACCGACACGACCCUGGGUAGCAUCUCAUCUCCAAAAUGGCUGUUUCCCUCUGCUUCUGGCCUGCCAGAUGUCAUCUUCUAUUACAAGUCCAGCGAGACGACUCAGGCUUGUAAACAAGGCAGAUCAGCCACCGUCAGACUGAGAUGCAAUCCCACAGUGACUGCUGAAGACCACAUCACGCUGCCAAGUAACUGUUCAGAGGGGACGUGUGAUGGUUGUACUUUCCAUUUUCUGUGGCAGAGCCAGCAUGCAUGUCCACUCUGCACCAAAAACCACUUUAGAGAGAUUGUCAGCGCUUGCAUCCAGGGAAUACAGAGAACCACCUAUGUAUGGCAGCAGCCAUUGCAGUGUUAUGGCGGAGAGUCACUACCAGCACAAAAAGUCAGCGCUUGUGUGACUCUGGAUUUCUGGCUCAAAUUCGGUGUUUCCACAGGAACGAUCGCUGCUGUGCUGCUCAUCAGUAUCAGCUGCUAUUUCUGGAAGAAGACACGGAAGUUGCAGUAUAAGUACUCCAAGCUGAUGAUGAGCUCUGAGGGUAGAGAGUGUGAGCUGCCCACUGCAGACAGCUGUGCAAUAAUGGAGGGAGAGGACGCAGAGGACGACCUCAUGGACCUCACCAAGAAAUCCUUCUUCACCAAAAUAAAGUCCUUCUCACGAGAGAGGACAUCAGAUGGAUUUGACUCAGUUCCACUUAAAUCAUCUUCACGCCAUCAAAGAGAGGAGGACUCCGAUGACGCUUAAUUCAGAAGGUUGAACAGAUCCUUCUACCAGAGUGCAGAGGAUCUGUUAAACUUUAGAUAAUAAGCUCCAACAGACGGAGUCACAGAUUACAGAGAUGGGUUGUUGAAUGCAUUUUAUUUAUUAAAAAAAGAUAUUAACUUACUGCAGGAGUUUUACAAUAAUGUAAAAAACAAUUUUAUUUAGUAUUGUUUGUCAUAUGUUAGGUUGCCAAACCUAAUAUUGCAAUAGAAAGUCUUCAUAUUGGGAUUCUGUAUUUUUCAAAGCCCAAUGGUGUGUUUCAAAAUGAUAUAAGAGCCAAACUGCGGAUAAAGUUACAAUUGUAGUAGAUGUGUUCUCACACAUCUUUGUACAUUUUACAUAACUGUGAGUGUAUAUUUAAUUUUCUUCUGUUCUUUUUUAUUAGGCUAUUCUGUUUUUUAUUAGACCAGCCAUCCAGUCUUAUAAUGUUAUUUGACAAUAUGUGAUUUAUAUUUGCUACAGCUUUUGAUAACCUUUUCUGCUGCACCUAAGGAUAUGAUAUAAUCUUGCUUGAUUGUGAAGUAAAGACAUUUUCUACAAUAAAAAAACAACAAAUGUAUCUCUAGAAAUUACAUCAAUUAAUUACAUCACUUUACAUUACGUAUACUGUAUUAUACAAUGCUUUUAUGUUACUACAUUUUAAAAAUGCAUUUUCAUGUGGCCUUUAAUUAAUAAAAUAACUCUUUAUA